CGAUACAUCGGGGGCCACUUGUACCACAAACAGUUAAACUACAGUCAAGAGUUGAACCAAGUUCAGUAGGAAAAGUGUGUUGUACCAAUCUCGUUCAACUCUUGAACUGUAGUUAAAUUUAACUCGCCAAUUUCGGCCGGUUAAACUACAGUUAACUGAACUUCAGAACCCAACACUGAUAAACUUCGUAAACAUACGCUGUUAUCAACGUGCAUGGCGAUUAUUGAUUAUUAAUUUUUGAGUUUUAAGUAAUAAAUAAAAAAUCUCUAAUGUCGAUGUACUCAGAUGAUGAUGAAAAUCUUACAUCAGACGAAGAUUUUCAAGAGUUGGUUUACAAGAUUGCGUUUCCGCGCCGAAAAAAAAAAUUUAGACAUCGAAUAGAUCAUUUUGUAGAAUGGAAUGAACAAGAAUUUUUAGAUCGAUUUCGUCUCUCGAAAUCAACCGUUAUGUAUUUAGUUGAAAAACUAAAAUCUAAAAUCAGUUCACGAACUACCAGAAAUAAUGCACUCACUGCACGCGAAAAAGUACUGUUAACGCUACGAUAUUACGCUACAGGCUCAAUGAUAAAAGUAGCUGCAGAUUUUGUUGGCGUACACGAGUCUACUGCCAGCCGCGUUAUCCGACUCGUCUCCUACUAUUUGGCGCGUCUGAGACCAGAAUUUAUCGAGUACCCAACCUCUGAAGAAGAACUAAGUGAAAUACGGCAAGGAUUUUUCAAUAUUGCACAGUUCCCUCGGUGUAUUGGCGCAGUCGACUGCACUCACGUAAAAAUACUAUCUCCUGGUGGCCAGGAUGCUGAAAUUUUUCGCAACAGAAAACGUUUCUUUUCAUAUAACGUUCAAGCUGUAUGCGAUUCUAACCUGCGAUUUCUAAACGUUGUCUGUCGAUGGCCUGGUAGUUCACAUGAUUCUACAAUAUUUAAUAAUUCAUCUAUAAAGUAUAAAUUUGAAGAUGGAGAAUUCGGAAAUGACUUGUUGGUGGGUGAUGGAGGAUACGGUGUUCGGAAUUACCUCAUUACUCCACUUCGAAAUCCCAUCACUGCCGCUGAAAAAAAAUUCAAUUUCGCACAAAUUCGAACCAGAAACCCCAUAGAACGCACUUUUGGGGUAUGGAAACGACGUUUUCCGAUUUUAGCGGUGGGUAUCAAUUUAGAAGUGACCUCUGUUGAAAUGGUGGUUACAGCUACUGCUGUAUUGCAUAACAUUGCAAGAUUUUUCGGUGAUGCAAUGCCUGCAGUGGAGCGUGGGAUUGAAAGGUUGGUGGAUUUAACGGAGUUUGAUGCCGAAGAAUUUGCUGUGCCACCAAUUAAUGUAAAUCAGAUCCAAAGAGAUACCUUAAUCAAUUACUUCGAUGCACUAUAAUUAAAAAUAAAAUUCUUUAUUGUUUAUGAAAUAAUUUUGAAACGGAGUAUGUAAUACGAAUUCAAUAAAAAAAACGAAGUUCUACAAGUUCUAUUCAAUGCAUUUCCCCAUGAAAUAUUAGUAAUAAAUAAUAAUAAGAUUUUCAGUUGUAUGUUGAUAAAAGGAAGAGAAAAAUGAAAAAUCAUGUUGCAAAACUUGAAUCAAAGUUCUUUUUUUAUUUGUUUUUUAAUCUCUUUUCCGGCAUUGCAAACCAUCUUCUUAUAGAAUGAACUGUUUCAGAGUGUUCUAAUUUUUCAAAAUAAUUUCACCCAUCUACGUUAGUAAUAGAAAAACUUGACCAACUUGAGAAAUAUGAACAAAAAACGCAUUUAUUUCUAGAAAAAAAAUGAGACCAAUACUUCUCAAAUGACUCAAAUUAAUAAUUAAAAAUGAAACAACGAACACAAUCGUGCUGCCGCAGCAGUGAAAUCACAUCAAUUGAAAAUAAAAAUAAUUAACACUCUUGUUGCCACAGCAAGGAGACAUCAAUUAAAAAUAAAAACACACUUGCUGCCACAGCAGUAAAAACACAUCGAUUCAUAAUAAAAGUAAUUAAGAAUUGCUUCCACCUUCCACAGCAGUAAAAACACAUUGAUUAAAAAUAAAAAUAAUUAACACUUACUGCCAGAACAGUAAAAACACAUCCA